ACAUCAUAUUCUUCCUUUGCUAAAUAAACAUCCAAAGGUGAGAGCUUUUAGAGAGAGAAGGGUAGUUUAUUAUGUCUGACGAGGAGCAUCACUUUGAGUCCAAGGCCGACGCCGGCGCAUCCAAAACUUAUCCCCAACAGGCUGGAACCAUCCGCAAGGGAGGUCACAUAUGUAUCAAAAACCGACCCUGCAAGGUGGUUGAAGUUUCUACCUCCAAAACUGGGAAGCAUGGACAUGCUAAAUGUCACUUUGUUGCCAUUGAUAUCUUUACUGCAAAGAAGCUUGAAGAUAUUGUUCCUUCUUCUCACAAUUGUGACGUUCCUCAUGUUAACCGUACUGACUAUCAGCUGAUUGACAUCUCUGAAGAUGGUUUUGUCAGUUUGCUCACUGAAAAUGGAAACACCAAGGAUGAUUUGAGGCUUCCCACCGAUGACGCUCUCCUUACCCAGAUUAAAGAUGGGUUUGGUGAGGGUAAAGAUCUGGUUGUGUCGGUUAUGUCAGCCAUGGGAGAGGAACAGAUUUGUGCUCUUAAGGAUAUCGGCCCGAAGAACUAAGUUAUGCUUGAACUCUGUUUGUUUGCAUAAAUACAUGCAGAGGAAUGAUAGCAUUUUCUUGGCGGUGUUAUGUAAGCAGCAUGGUUGGUUGAAACUUAGUUUGGAAUGAAUCAAAACUGCUCUCUAUCUACGUUUUUAUGUUGUCCACUAUUUUUCUUGGGUUGUAUUUGGUUUCAACUGAUUUCUUAAUCUUUGUUCUUUGGAGGGUGGAUUUUAUUUGAAACUUAUUCCAUGUUUGGAAAUUUCUUAUUCUCUCUAAACUUCCUGGAUCAUAUUAUCAUUUUUGCAUUCUAAUCCAAAUAAGUUAUUGAGUUA